AUGAUAUCGUUGCUCAAAUGUGCUCGCAAUGCUUCGCCUUAUAGCAACACUUACUCGAUCAGAGAUGAAAGGCUUCUGAAGACGGCGAUAAGUCGAAAAGAGCAUCACCAAACCUCGUAUGGCAUAAGAAACCAGUAUCACAUACUUCACGAUGCCGAGGUUUCAACAAAAGAGGACAAGCCAACUACUAACAAACGUGCCACCUCAGCUAGAUCCUCUUCAGGCAUGUCAACGCCCUUUGCGGUUUCUGAGGCUAGAUCUCACGCAAUUGUCGAUAAGGCAUUUGCCGAGAAUUACUUUAGGCACUUUAUAGAUGAGUCAUUACCAUCUAGCUCCUCAUCAUCUCAACUACAACUAACUACUACUAAGAAUACGGUAAAAAUGGAGUCGCCACAAUUAAAAGUCGAAAAUCUUCCAGAGCUAGGAGGAGAUGACAUCAAUCAAAUUAUGCAAUGUGAUGAAGGAGAAUUUUUGGAAAUUAUGUCACUUGUAGGAAUGCUUUCAAAAACGUUGCAUGUCAGGCGGUUACAACGAGCGUUGACAGAGUUCUCGAAAGAUCAAACGUCCUUUAACUUGGCCGCCAUACAACAAAUCGGUCCACCUCCUGUUUCACCAUAUGCCCUGAGUGGUCCUGAUAUAAAAUGGGCCACCUCACUGUAUGCUGGGAAAUGGGCCACCUCACUGUAUGCUGGGAAAUGGGCCACCUCACUGUUUUGCGGCAACGCUACGACGUCGCCACAGAAUGGGAACGCCACCCACAACUCGCGAUCGAACUCUCCGCUGCUGUGCUCGGUACUAUGGCCACUUCUGUCACAAUCAGCAGCGGCGGUGGGGUCGGCGGCGGUAGCGGCGGGAACGCCGGUUCCAGCACCGACUUCAGCUGCACAGCUGAACUCAUGGGAGGGGGAGACUUUGUGGAUCAAUGAACGGUUGAUUUCGGAAAGUUUGCAAGGAAACGGAUUUCCUUUUUUGCAGAGUUUGUCGUCCAGCCCUGUUUCAGUAGGAGGAGACUUCGUGUCCCUGGGAGAUUAUGAUCCAAGUACUGCUUUGUGCGAUUCGCCAGUUCUGUCCGACGCGCAGAUUCGUCGCCUUUCCAGCUGCGCAAUGGCGAUAUGUCAAAAAAUCCCUCGACUUCCACCAAAACUUGUACAAAAUAAAAAGCGAGUUUCAAAAGAGGUGCUCGAUCUUCUUUCUGCUUCUGCCGACACGCCUAAUCGUCUUGCCGAGUACCGCAAAUAUUCGGCAAUUUAUGGGCGUUUUGAUGCCAAGAGAAAACCGGACAAGGGUCUUUCGUUUCACGAGGUAUCUGUGAAUGAAGCUGCUGCUCAAUUAUGUUUGAUCAUGCCUUCACUUCUUACAAGACGUGAUGAACUCUUUCCAUUGGCACGGCAGGUAGUCAAAGAUGCCGGAUAUCAUUAUGCAAAGGCUAGUCGUAAGCGUGGAUUUGACGUGGUUACGCAUUCGCCACAGAGCAGUCCUACACAAAGCCCAUGUCCUGGUGAGGAUAAUGACGCAGAAGCUGAUGUCUUUUCAACAGCAAAGCAGUCAGAAGAGAAGAGGAAGAAGUCUGAAAGUGUCUGGAAGUUGGCACAGGGGGGUGCAAGAGAAAGGCACGUAUCUGGAGCGUUGGGCGAGCUCAAUGCUCGCAUCACAGCAGUCAGCAUCAAACUCUCCCAGUGGCACGAACUUGGAGAAUCGGUGCCGACGUAUGCCGCUGACUCCCCUGCUUCUAAGUGGCCUCAUGUUACUGUUGUCACCUGUGAAACCUAUACACCACCGGGUGUCUUAGUCAGUGAUUUGAAAUGA